CUUAAGGGGCGGUAGAUGGCUUGAAAGGAGCCAGGGACUGGGUCCCGCAACCUUUUAUCCUCUGGAAAUGAAAGAUGGCAAUUAGAGGCCCUGCGUUGAGGCUCCUGUUGCCGGGCAACCUGCAGACGCGGGCCUGAACUAUCCAUAGCCCUCUCGGGGAACUGCUCCUUCCAGUCUGUCCUGUCUGAAGUUUUCUAAAGACGGUUCUGGGUGGAAGCACCCUAGUUUAUACUUUCUGCAGCCCUCCUACUCGGGACGUGUUCAUUGCAGAGCUUGUUAAGUCAAGCCUGUUCCGCUGUCCAUUGUGUCCUUUGCCUGUCCAGAAAUCCCAGACAGGAGGGAGUGGGGAAUUCCUUUGGGUACCCUGCAGUGAGGGUGUAGUGUACUGGAAAGAAGUAUGAAAACUGUGUAUGAAUUCAGGCUCUGCAAUAACUGUAUACUGCAUGAUAACUACACGAAUGUGAAUGGAUUUAGAGGUUAAAGGAGUUGCUGCUUCUUCUAGGAGCCAAAUUCAGCCAUUCUCUGGAAGAAAGAAAUCAUCACAAGAUAUUAUGAAGCAAGAAUGGACUUCUGAAUCAUGGGCAAUUCGGAAUUCCUGUCCACCAGUGGUUCCACGACUUGAUUUGAGAAGCCUUAUUGACUCUGAUGAUGAGGAUGAUUUUUCAUAUAUUCCACUUAGUACAGCGCAGGUUUAUUUUAACCCACCAAAUUCAUCUUCUACUCUUGGCUGGGUCACACCAGGUCAAAUACCAUAUACUCAGCAUCAUCUAAAUGAACUGGAGGAGGAUGUGAUACCUGAAAAUUUACCAGCACCAACAGAAAAAUAUAAACUAAAAUAUCAGCAAUAUGAAACUGAAAUGAGAGAUGGAUAUAAGCAGUUUAGUCAAAGAAAUGCAGAAAAGACAAAAUCAAAUAUCACUCAUCAACAAUCUCCAAGAAAUAAGAUAGAUGAAAAGUGUGUACAAGGUGACGAAGCCAGCACAGAUGACCUUACAACUCUGGAUAGGAAAGCCCUCUUACAGCAAGGUUAUGCUGACAACCCUUACAGUACAGCACAGAGUGCAAGAAAAUUGGAUGCAGAAAUUGCAGCUGCAGAGAAGAAAAAGCAGAUGGUUGCAGAGCAAGUGAUGAUAGACCACUUAUCCAGGGCUGUCAUCAGUGACCCAGAACAAAAUUUAACCAUUGAAAAAAGAGAAAGUGCUCGUAUCCUUCCAGAUUCAAAGACAGCCCCUGUUCGACUUAGAAAAAGAACACUGCAUGAAACAAAGAUAAGAACCCAUUCUACAUUAACUGAAAAUGUGCUUUCUCAUAAAGUACAAUUUGAUGGUAGGAUCAUAUCAAGAAACGGACGUGAUGCUUGUAGAGAGCUGAUCGGGUUCUUUUUCACUCAUGAUCAAUCCCUUACAGUUUAUGAAUAUCGACAAUUUGGGAAAAAUAGAACAAGUGUGCUCCCUUUUAUUCACAAAAACAUUUAUCAUCAUCAGUGUGGACGAAGAAAAGGAAAACAGUACCAACUUGGUGAUUUUUAUGUUGGUGCAACCUUGACAUUUUUGAAUUCUGAUCAUCCCCGCCUUCCAGAAAGCAUAAAAGAAAAUACAUUACUUAUACUCCGAAUCACAAAUAUUGAUCAAAUAGCUUUGGAUUCUCUCAAAACUGCUUCUGUAGAACAUGAAGAUGAUAUAAUCACUCAAGAAGCCAAUGACAGGCUGGUCAUCAGGGCCAUUCAAGAUGUGCUAAAAGAAAAACUACAUAAAAGAAGUGUUCGUAUUUUGACUGGAUUGGGAAGAUAUUUUCAACAAUUGGACAAGGAAGGAAAUGGACUUUUAGAUAAGGCAGAUUUUAAGCAAGCUCUAAAAGUAUUUCAGUUACAAGUGUCUGAAAAGGAUUUUGAGUCUUUAUGGCUAAUUCUGAAUGCCAAUGGUAAUGGCAAUGGCAAAGUUGAUUACAGAGAAUUCAAACGUGCCAUUUUUGGUGAAAUGAAUGAAUAUAGGAAAUCAUUUGUUCGAAAGGCCUUUAUGAAACUAGAUUGCAACAGAACUGGACGUGUGCCUAUUAUAGACAUAAGAAAAUGUUAUUGUGCAAAGAAGCAUUCUCAAGUAAUUUCAGGCCAUUCCACAGAGGAAGAAAUCAAAUCAUCAUUUCUAGAAACAUUAAAAGAUACCUGCAGCAAGUCUGAUGAAGUGUCAUAUGGCGAAUUUGAAGAUUACUAUGAAGGUUUAAGUAUUGGGAUAGCAGAUGAUGAAGAUUUUGUUAACAUCUUACGUACUCCGUGGGGAAUUUAGUUUUAAAUGAUGAAUAUGUUAUCAGCACUAAGCAUUUUACUGGAGAAAUGAAUUGAAUGUAAAGUAUGAUAAAACACUGGAGAAUAUAGUUUUCUAGUACUCCCUUUAUUCUGUUUUUUUCUCAAAAAAUUUGAGUCCAGAAUGAGAAAUAUUCAGAAAGAUAGAUAUAGGAGUAUGUGUGUAUGUGCGUGUGUGUUUGUGCAUGUGUAUGCAUGCUCACAUGUCUAUAAAUUUAUAAAGUUAUGUCUCCUUUGUUUAUUACUUAUCGUGAAUAUAUUUUAGAGGGUUUUUUUUUAUUAGCCUCAAUAGAAAAGUUACAUCUGCAUCAAACCAUACGAGAACAUCUACAGAGUAAUCAAGUUUCUUGUCCUUUUACUUUUUUUUUUUUUUUUUUUUGCUACCUCUUCCUCAGAAUAUUUGUCACCAUUCUUAAUGUCAUGAGCUGGAACUGGCCCAAAGCCAAUGAGACUGAAAUAGGUCAACAUGUUUUAAACAUAUGAAAAUGUUAAAGGAAUUAAAGGAUAUGCAAAAGAUAUUUUUCAAGCAAUGCAAUCAUAGAUGUUUUUUGUAUUCCAAAUAUUUAGAAUGAUGAGGAUAAACCAUGUAAUGCCCAUUUAAACACUGGCUUGUCUUAUAAAUUUUUGUCUUCUAAAUUAUAUACUAUUGUUUGUUCAACAGAGCACAAUGUAGUUAUUCUAGUAACUAGUUAUGGUCUUUCUUUUAUAUUUUGGUCUUUCUUUAUAUAUGGUCUUUCUUUAUAUUUAAUUUAACUUUUAUUGUAUAUUUAGAUCUAAGGGAUAAUUUAGCAAUUCUUACCCUAAAUGGAAAAGCAUAUUUUGUGUCCAAAAAUGAACGUAUGAUAUUCUAACCAUCUCUUUUUGGAAUAGCAAACAACUAAAUUAUAUCUUUCUAAAUAUAUAUUAUUUAAUGUUUAGAUGCAUUGUAUUAUAAUCAUUCUUUCUAAAUUCUCUAUUCCUUACUUCUCCCUGGGAAUAUAGAGAGAAGAGAUAACUUUAUGAGUCGUUUACAAACUCAUACUUUUAAUUUUUAUAUCUUAAUAUAACAUAAAUUAGAAAAAAAUAAGUGGUUCAAAACUGAAAAUACAUACUUUGUAGAAUAUCACUUUAUCCAUUUAUACUUGGCAAUGCUAUCAAAGGUGUGAUAUAUAUGAACUCAAUAAAUUCGAAGUCAUAAUUUUCAAGAUUUGAGGAGGUACUAAAACUUACUACUAAAAUAUCAGAAAGAAAAUAUGUACAAACCUCUUAGUGCUAUUUUCACUAAAUUUUUUAUUUCUUGGCAUUUUUAUUUCAGUUAGAUUAUUGAAAUUAAACAAUAUGCUAGAAGAAGUUUUGGCAGAAAUUAGUCUAUAACUAUUUCUAAGUCAUAUUUUUUUCUUGGAAAAAUUCAUCCAACCCUCUUAAAUCCUACAAAUUGUUCUUGUGUUAAAAUGACUAAUACUAUGGGUGCUCAAUAUGCAUAUAGUAUUUUUAGCUGAUAAAUUUUUAUGUAGCUCUCCUUAACAAAAACCUAUUCUUAAAGUGGAUACACCAUAUUUUCUUGUGAAUAUAACCAGAAAAUGUAUAAGCUGUCAUAUUGUAAAAAAAAAAGAGAGAGAGAAGGUACUUCUGGAAUUUAAUAUCUUAGUAUGACAACAUACUCAUUAUUAACCUUUAUCUUCUUGAUAUAAAUAUUCACAUGUAGUUAUUUGUAGGAAACACCUCUACUUCUGAGAUAUAAGUUUUUAUAAUUAAUUCAUUAUUUUAUAUCAUUGUUUCCAUGUAGAGUUAGAAAAUACAUAAUCAAUAUAUGUUUUUGUUAGA